ACACAUUAAAUUAGUAUCGUAUUGUUAAUGUAUUCGUUUAAGUAUUUAUUUCAUGCUUAUUAAAAUUUCGUCCACAUUAUUUACGGUAUAGGCGCAUAGUGUAUUGCUAUAUAUAUAAUAUUAUAUUAUAAUAUAAUAUAUAUAAUAUGCGGAAUUCGCAUUUUACUAUAAAUAAAUAAUAUAGUUCGUAUGGGUUACCAUUAUUAUAUUAUUUUAAUUCGUGUAUGAUACAUAGAUUAUCGCUUAAAGCCCUAACCUAUAUAUAUUAUAAUAUACUAUAUAUUUCCCGAACACAAAUUACAUCAUAAAUGAAUAUAAUAAUAGUCGUCGCUCGAAGCGUGACACAAUUACUUUACAACUUGUUAUUGAACGGAUGAUCUACCGCGGCGAUAAUAGAUAGCGACGCAAUGCCUAAAAAUAACCGUUUUAUGAAAAAUGCACCGGAUUUAAUAAUUACUCACUUUCGCAGUACAACGAUAUUAUUAUAUUAGCUUCUCGCUAAAAAAAAUUGUUUUGCAUAAAAUGGCCUCAUCAAGAAUAUGUAAUAUGCCCCCCUCAUAUUAUGACCGUAGAUCGGCUCUGAUAUUUAUGAAUAUAUGUCGUAUGGACAACAUGUAAACAGACUAUAAACUUUGCUGUGGUAAUCACUACGAAUUCGAAUAAUAAUUUAUCAUGAUUAUUAUCAAGUAAAAAAAUGCGAGUAGUCACUAUAGUCACUAACGUAUAUAUUAACAGCUAGGAUGAAGAGUUGUUCACGUCUUGUACCACAGACUAGUGGCGGUUUUGAGUUUUGACAUGUAAUUUGACAUGAGUUUUUAUUACACAGAAUUUGGCGGUCGGUGGAGUGUUUUAGUUUGUAUUUAAGUACAACCUUAAUUAUAUUACUGUCUUCAUUUGUAAAUAAUAGGUAAAUGGUCAGAUUCACAAUAGGUUCUAAUUUCGUGUUUUUAAAAAUUAGAGUUUUAUAUCAAAAAUGAAAAUAAUCAUUAUCAAUUCAGGAAGUACUUAUUUAUUGCCCUGUUGACCACUGGCGUACCUGAUGCGGUACAUGGGUGUAUGGCCCGUUCUUGGAAUUUUAUAUUGGUGAUGUUCACGAUUAUAUCCUGAAUAAAAUUGUGGUGUAUUACCUACAACUUUUAAAUAGCCCCUCACUAUCCACACCUUGAUUGAGCUCUGCAGCUACUACACUACUGCUGUUGACUGUUGUUUGUUUGUUUUUAAAAAUAAAAGACAUUAAAUUAGGUUCAGCUAUAUUUGAUUUUAAGUAAUAUAUAUAUAAUAUGUAUAUAUUGUUAAAAAAUAUGCUUGCCGAAAGCCCGAAGCGCCAGAGAGAAGAGAUAGUAUUGUUAUUGCGCACAAAUCAAAACGUGUCGUACCACGUCAAAACAAUAGGUCAUCAUAUUAUAUGACAUAUAAUAUUACAUCGCUAGCCGUGGUGAGUCGUAUAUCCACGAACUAGACCGCGAAGUAAUCACAUUGUUAUUCGUUUGGCAAUUUGAAUUUUGAGUAAUAUUUUAAUAGUUUAAUUUAUAAAUAAUAAUAAUAAUAUUAUAUUAUAAUAGUCGCAGUCGCACGUCCAAUAGAGCUAUAUAAAUAGUAAAAAUAGUCAUCAACACAGUGAAGAAUAUAGGUAUAUAUAUUAUUUUGCCUUAACAUUAAAAACAUGAGUUGUUUAAGUCAAACCAGUAAAAAAAGACGGAUUCGCGAAGAGCUUAAAGAACUUAAAAAUCAAGAUCAGUUUGUAUUUAAUCAAUUAGACUUUGAAGAACAUAAUGAUGAAGCUGUUGGCUUGGAAAAUGAAAAUAAUGCAGAAUCACCUGAUAUUAAUAAUACAAUAGAAGAAACUGCAAGUUGUUCUUAUAAACCUGAAAUUCAGUUUAUCGAUGAUGAAGAAAAUGCAAUUAUGGAAUCAGAUACAGAUUGUUCGGAUGAAGAACCACCCUUUCGUCAUUAUACUGAGGUAGAUGCAGAUUCUGUUAAAACUAAACUAGCAUUAUGGAGCAUCAAACAUAAUAUUUCACAGGCUGCAACUUCAGAUUUAUUAAAAAUUAUUCAGUCUAGUUACGACCCUUCCAUUCCGGGUGAUGCUAGAACUUUGUUAAAAACUAAAAUUUCAAAUAUAAAGGUUCCACUUAAAAAAAUGGCACCUGGGCAAUACUACCAUUUUGGUGUACGCAAUGGUAUUAUACAGAAUUAUAUUGAUGACACUAUGGAUGUAAUAAAAUUAGUUGUAGGAAUCGAUGGCCUUCCAUUAACUAAAAGCUCGAAAAGCACUUUUUGGCCAAUCUUGUGUUAUAUUAGACCCUAUUAUAAUAAUGUAUUUCCGAUUGGGCUAUAUUGGGGAAAUGAGAAACCAAACAACAGCAAUGAUUUUUUAGACGAUUUUGUUAAAGAAAUACGAAAUUUAAUAUUAAAUGGAAUUGAAAUAUUAAAUAAGUCUGGUGUAUUAUAUGAAAAAAAAGUAGUUUUGGAGGUUUUUGCAUGCGAUGUUCCUGCAAAAUCGUACGUUUUGAAAACUAAGGGUCACGCCGGAUACUUUUCAUGUUCUCGUUGUAUGGUUGAAGGAGAUUCUAAAAACCAUAGAAUAUGUUUUCCCGAUUUGAAUUGUACAAAGAGAACACAUGAAAAUUUCAUUUCAAGGCAAAAUGAGGAACACCACACCGAUUGCUCUACUCUUUCCAUUUUAACUGAAAUUCCUGGUAUAGAUAUAAUCAAAUCAUUUUCCCUAGAUUAUAUGCAUCUAGUUUGUCUAGGUGUAACUAGAAAAUUAAUUAACCUAUGGUUAAAAGGACCAUUGACUAAUAGAAUCGGUAACAGAAAUAGCACUACUCUUAGUAUUUUAUUAAUAUCGUUUAAAAAGUGUAUGCCUAAAGACUUUCAGCGGAAACCACGAGGUGUUGACGAAGUAAAUAGGUGGAAAGCAAACGAGUUUCGGGCAUUUUUAUUGUAUUUUGGUCCUAUCGUCUUAAAAAACAUUAUAAACAAACAAUGUUAUAAUAAUUUUCUUUGUUUGCAUGUUAGUAUGACAUUAUUAUUGACUCCUAACGUAAUGAGUGACCGUUACUUAAAUUUUUGUCAAAAAAUAUUAGAAUAUUUUAUUAAAACUUUUGGUAAAAUAUACGGCAUUGAACAUAUUUCACAUAAUAUUCACGCACUUCAACACAUUUGCGAUGACUACAAAAAUUUCGGUCCGUUGGACAAUUGCAGUUGUUUCCCAUUUGAAAACCAUAUGUCAACAUUAAAAAAGUAUGUAAGAAAAAGUCAUCAGCCACUUCAGCAAGCUGUUAAGAGGUAUACUGAAUAUAAUAAAUAUGGAAAAUCAGUUGAAGAAUCAGGUAUUUAUUUUAUUUUAAAAAAUAUUCACCAUAAUGGGCCUGUUACUACUACAUUAUCAAAAACAUACACUAAUUAUAAACAAUUUAAGACACUGAAAAUAAAAAAUACUGAAAUUUGUAUUAACGAAAAGGAUUGUUUUGAACAAAAUACUGAAAAACAUAUAUUAAAAGUUGUAAAUAUUAUCGAAACAAUAGAUGGUGAAGUGAUUUUAAUAGGGUACCGAUUUGAUAAAUAUGAGACAUCACUCUAUGACAAACCUAUUUCAAGUUCCGAUCUUGGCAUAUUUUUGAUCAAAAAUAAUUUGAACUCUGAUUUGGUCCAUUGUCCGUUUUCAAAUAUUCGCUGUAAGUGUAUUAUUCUAAAGAUAAGUGAUGAGCAAUCAGUAGCUUUGCCAAUUUUGCACACAAUUAAAGAAUCUGAAUAAACAAAUAUAUUAAUAUUAUUAUAAUAACUUAUAUUAGUAUACCUAUCUGUAAUAAUAUUAUAUAGGUAUUAUAGUUUUUAUAAU